UGUGGCCAGCAGUGUACCUCCACACCCUGGUCAGAAUAUAGGCGACCUCCACACCCUGACUCAGUAUACAGGCUACCUCCACACCCUGACUCAGUAUACAGGCUACCUCCACACCCUGACUCGGUAUACAGGCUACCUCCACACCCAGACUCAGUACACAGGCUACCACCACACCCUGACUCAGUACACAGGCUACCUCCACACCCUGACUCAGUAUACCUAGCACAUCUACACCCCAGCCGGCCCUCAUCUCACAACACAUCGGAGCUGAGAGCGUGAACACCAUACACUUCCAGAGUACAGAUCAAUAUACUUCUAAUUAGUACAGGACUGACGAUAAAAGGAAACUGCGGAGGAGCGUUUAGGCAGAUAAAGACAUAUAACAGACACACCAUGGAGCGACGGAUGAUACUCGGGUUUCUCUUUGCCACCCUGUUUGUCGGCGUCAUCAUUAUCAUCCUCGUCUGUUUCACGGCAAAGAACGGCAAGAGACCAGAGCCUGUGAUAGACGACGAGCCCUUCUGGAAGAGGAGCGUCGUGUUCCAAGUUUACCCGCGCUCUCUCUACGACGGUCAACCGGACGGAACUGGCGACCUAAUAGGUAUCAGGUCCAAAGCUGAGUAUCUCUCGGAGCUGGGUGUGGGUGCCGUAUGGUUAAGCCCCAUCUAUAAGUCACCCAUGAAGGACUUUGGUUAUGACAUCAGCGACUUUACCGACAUUGACCCAAUCUUCGGCACAAUGGCUGACUUCAAUGCCCUUGUCAACACUUUCCACAACAAAGGGUUGAAGGUGGUGAUGGACUUUGUGCCUAAUCACAGCAGCGACCAACAUCCCUGGUUUCAGAAGUCUAUCAAGCGGCAGGAUCCAUAUACUAACUACUACAUCUGGGCCAAACCCAAGAACGUCCUGGACGAUGGUACUCCCGUCCCUCCCAACAACUGGCUGAGCGUAUUCCGGGGAUCAGCUUGGACGUGGAACAAAGACAGAGGGGAGUUCUACUACCACCAGUUCUUGGCAGAACAACCCGAUCUCAACUACCGUGACCCAAAUGUCACACAGGAGAUGAAGAAAGUACUCACCUUCUGGCUGGACAAGGGUGUUGACGGCUUCCGGGUUGAUUCCCUGCAGCACCUAUUUGAAGUGGAAGACCUGAGCUUGGACGAGCCUGUAGCCUCUGACUCCGACAUAACUGACCCUGAUGAGUACAACUACCUCAACCACACUUACACCAUCAACCAGCCGGAGACCUUCACUGUGUUGAGGGAGUGGCGACAUUUACUUGAUAAGUACCCCGACAAAGUGUUGAUGGCUGAGGUGUACAACAACAAUGUAGACACAGUGAUGCAGUAUUAUGGUAAUGACACUGUCUCCCUGGCUGACUUCCCCUUCAAUUUCCUGCUCAUCGAUAAUUUGCAGAACCGCAGCCAGUUGACAGGUCAUACUCUCAGGUCCACCAUUGGCCUCUGGCUUGACAGUAUGCCAGAGGGAAAAUGGCCCAACUGGGUGCUGGGUAACCAUGACAAUGGGCGGGUAGCAUCACGCCUUGGGACUGAUCUUGUUGACGCCCUCAAUAUGAUGACCCUACUUCUGCCAGGCACCCCUGUCACCUACUAUGGCGAGGAAAUAGGGAUGGAGAACACAUUUGUCAGCUGGGAAGACACGCAGGAUCCUCAGGGAUGUCGGUGGGGACCUCAGCACUACCAGGAACACAGCAGAGACCCUGCCAGAACCCCCAUGCAGUGGAACAACUCCUCCCUGGCUGGAUUUACUACUGCCAACACCACGUGGCUGCCUGUCAACCCCAAUUAUAAAACAUUAAAUGUGGAGGCACAAACAAAAGCAAAAAAUAGUCAUCUCAAAAUCUACAAGGACUUGACAAAGCUAAGAAAGGAAGAGGUUUUCAAGAAGGGUCAUUAUGCUUUCCCACUCGUCACUGAGGACAUUUUCAGUUUUCUCAGAUAUGUGGAAGAAUCAGAGACAUACAUGCUGGUGAUCAACACGUCAGAGGAGGAUCUGGAGCUUAACUUGCAUCAUGGCGCCAACAUAGAGCUUCCUCAUACCGGCCAGGUCGUCCUUCGCUCCAUCACAGAUACAUCAGUCAAAACUGAGCCCGGGUCAGAGGUGGACCUCAGCAAACUGCCACUUGUGAGAGGUGAGGGAUUGCUUCUCUUACUGUCACUGUAGAUGACCCGACGACUACCACCAUCUGCAUUACAACACAACAUAUCUCACUCCGGCCUGGUGUACUGCUACCAUCAUCCAGUACUACUUUGAAACAUUAUGAAAUUAAGCUCAGUAAUGUACAAUAAUGCAAAUAUUAAUAUGAUAUAUAUCCCUUUCUAAAAUAAACAUUCAAUUGGAAUGCCUUACAUAACAAAAUUAAGUGCUGUUUGAAAGCUGUACAAGAAAGGUACUGUAAUUACAAAAGGGAUUUGCAGUCCAGUAUAAAGAUGCAAAAGUCAUAUAAAGAGAAUCACAAGGACAAGCUGUGGGUGGUAUUAAUUUUAAUAUGGUAACAAGAGAAUUAAAAUGGUGCACCAAGUCUAAACUAAUCCUAUUAAUUUGAAGUUGAAAUGUACCAUACUUACAUUACGCAUCUUAAAUUGUACAGAUAGUUACAAAUGAUUUAUUGCCAACAAAAUAUUUCUCAGCCAAACUGCCCUGUUAAUCUGUUUAUUCUCCAUCCCAAAUUAACAUAUACACAGACCUGAUACUUUUUUUUUAACAUUAGUAUAAGGUUCUUCCAAAAAAUUUAUUUCAAUUAAAAAUAAUCUUGUACUCACUAAACUGUGGAGCAGCCUGUGUCUUCACCCAUCCCCUACAACAUUCUGAGGUCUUAUAUAAAUAAUGCAGAAGGAAAUAAAUCAAGAUUUAUUAAUCCAUGUACACAACCAAAAUACACUGUUGGUCAAUUUUAAUCCACAAUCAAAACAACACUGUUGUACAUGUAACUUUCAUUUUCUUGUAACCAUUCACUAAAUUACAAUCAAAUAAACCAAUGACAACAAAAAUAAGCCAAUUACUUUUGGUCAACUGUUCAAUUGACAAAACAGUAAACUAAUCUUGCCCUAGACCCAUGUUAGGGCCUGCACUAUGUAAUAACCUCAUCACCCCCCCUCCCACCUAAUAUAAUUUCUAGCAAAAGUUAUAAAUUCUAAUAUUUUAUUUACAACUACCCCCUGUAGUUCAUGAAUUCAUUAAAAAACAAAAAAACAUUGCUCUUUACAAGCCAACAAAUGCACUUUCUUACAAGCCAUUUAAUCCUUUAACAAACCCUUAAAAAUAAAAAUCAUAAGACAGUGAAUAAUCAUUUCUUAAAAACUGCAUACAAACUUAAGGCUCACAGUAAUCAUAGUUUUAAACUACUGAAUAUAUCAUACUUAACAAAAAUACACACACAACUAUUGCCCACUAUGUCAUAUAUUUCCUUGGUGUACUUAAAAAAAACAACACUUUAACUAUAGUGAUGACAACGUAUAACCCUCGAUCAGGACAAAAAAUAAAACAAAUAUUCUUCCCUGAUCAAAUAUUUCACUAAUUUCACGACCUAUCACACAGGUCUAGGACAACAAAAUGAUUGAUAAUGUCUGACUAUAAGCUAUGGAAAUAUUAGCUUUUGUCAUACCAGACUAGGCUGUUGUAGCAAUUGUUAUUUCUACUUAAAACACAAACAAUUAAAAUACACAUUUUUAA